AUGGGCCGACGUCGUUUAAAGACGAAUAAUAGUCUUCGCUUUUCUAAAUUCCCCAACUUCUCAACAACCCUAAUCUUAGUCCCCGCCGCGUUAUCAUCUCCUCUAUCAAUGGCACCGAAGAAGGACAAGGCACCACCUCCGUCAUCCAAGCCGGCAAAAUCCGGUGGCGGAAAGCAGAAGAAGAAGAAGUGGAGCAAGGGAAAGCAAAAGGAGAAGGUGAACAACAUGGUAUUGUUUGACAAGGCUACCUAUGACAAAUUGCUGUCUGAGGCCCCAAAAUACAAGCUAAUCACUCCUUCAAUCCUUUCGGAUCGUCUCAGGAUCAAUGGAUCACUUGCGAGGAAGGCCAUUAGAGAAUUGAUGGCUAAAGGUUUGAUCAGAAUGGUGUCAUCUCAUUCUAGCCAGCAGAUAUACACUAGGGCCACUAACACCUAG